AUGCAUGGGCAUGUGUCGUGGCAACGAUUCACUGGUCGUCUAGGGAAGUAUAAGUUACUAGGUGUUGGUGCUGUGAUAUAUUCAACGUCAUUCAACCUGUCGUUCGAGCCGCAACUACCGGGUGGACUACGGUACAUCGAUAGUUCCGUAAGCACCACCACCACUGGGAAUCACAACAAUUCAUUCUCGUCAACGCCAUCCGAAUCGACUAGUGGUCUUCAAACUCUAGACGGAUGUAUGCUCGGUUCGGAGCCUGAGCCGCCGCUGCUCUCGCGGAUCGUUGGAGUUCCACCACCACCGCCACCACCACGAGCCCCGUCAACAGCGCUUCUACGCCGUCCGACACCGGCUGCUGGACAAAAACCCUCGCAAAAGCAGUCACCGUCGACAAAACGCGACACUAGGAACAAAUACAACGAAAGCCCGUUCGACGACAAGCAGGCAUACAUAAGCCGUACACCACUAGAAAAAGCCCGACAUCUUGACAACCUUCCGUCAUAUCAGGCACAGAAACUUCUCGACGGCUCGCAUCAACUACGCAUAGACUCGCACCACGUUGGAGCUCCUGGCCACGGCGCAGGCCACGGUCAUAAGAAGGAGUUUGGUCCUGCGAUGAUUCUCUACUAUCUUGCAUCCGCAUUCCGAGCCCUAUAUCCACGUUUAGACGACGAUUUUGUCGACAAGCUCAACUAUUACUACACUACAACGAUAUUGGCGUCCUUUGCGCUCCUGGUGUCGGCGAAGCAGUAUGUCGGUUUCCCCAUUCAAUGCUGGGUCCCGGCCACGUUCACCGAUGCUAUGGAGCAAUAUACGGAGAAUUAUUGUUGGGUGCAAAACACCUAUUGGGUGCCAAUGCAGGAGGACAUUCCGCGCGAAAUUUAUUCGCGACGCAAUCGACAAAUUGGCUAUUAUCAAUGGGUGCCUUUCAUACUGGCCAUCGAGGCCCUACUUUUUUAUGUGCCAUGUAUACUUUGGCGAGGGCUGUUGUAUUGGCACAGCGGUAUAAACCUGCAAGGCCUCGUUCAAAUGGCAUGUGACGCGCGUUUGAUGGACUCCGAAGUGAAGUCGAGAACGGUCUACACAAUGGCACGUCAUAUGCAAGAUGAAGUGCAGUUGACAAAUGUCGAUCGGUCCGCUCAUUCACGGACAUGUUUCUCACACAUGCAAAUAGGAGCCAACUGUGGGAGGCAUUGUGGUUGUUAUGUCACUAUGCUUUAUAUUGGUAUUAAAAUCCUUUACUCGGCCAAUGUAUUGCUACAGUUUUUUCUGUUAAAUCAUCUGCUCGGCUCCAAUGAUUUAGCGUAUGGCUUUUCAUUGUUGAAAGAUCUUAUGCACGAGAUUGAAUGGGAACAAACCGGAAUGUUUCCUCGAGUAACACUAUGCGAUUUCGAGGCACGUUCAUUCUUUACUUAUCGAUCCUCCGUUCGCGUACUCGGCAACAUUCAUCGGCAUACUGUUCAAUGUGUGCUUAUGAUUAACAUGUUCAAUGAGAAGAUAUUCUUAUUUUUAUGGUUUUGGUUUUUGACUGUUGGUGUUAUCACUGUAUUUAAUACCUGUUAUUGGAUAUUGAUUAUGUUCAUUCCAAGUCAGGGCAUGUCUUUUGUUCGGAAGUAUCUCCGCGUACUUGCCGAUCAUCCCGCAAAGCCCAUAGCUGACGAUGUCACGCUGAGGAAAUUCACGAACAAUUUCUUGCGAAAAGAUGGGGUCUUCAUGUUACGCAUGAUCUCGACACAUGCCGGUGAACUGAUGAGUAGUGAGCUGAUAUUGGCAUUAUGGCAAGAUUUUAAUAAUAUCGAUCGGACACCAACUCAGUUCUGGGACGCCGAACAUGGACAAGGCACACUUGACUAG